UCCAUCCGCGUGUAUCGGCAAGCAUUGCUCAUCUCUCAACUACGCGCACACGUGUUUGACCACGGUCGCUUUUACUCUUAAAAUCCAACGCUAAUUGGACACCUUGAAGCAUUAUAUUACGAAAAUGGCCGCCGUUGCAGAAGCUGUAAAUAUCGACGCUCCAGCUGAGAAAAAGAGAAAGAUCGAGGAACCCACUGUGCCGGAAGCGGAAGUAAAGGACAAGCCAGAGGCUGAAACCGGUAAAACAGAUGCUGAAGCCGGUAAAAAAGAUGCUGAAGCCGAUGCGGCGCCCGCUGCAGGGGAGGACAAGGAGCCAGAGCUGGUUGGUGAAAAGAAGGAGCGCGCCAUCAUUCGACAGGUCGAGUAUUACUUUGGCGACGCCAAUCUCAAUCGCGACAAGUUCUUGCGCGAGCAAAUCUCGAAAAACGAGGACGGCUGGGUUCCGCUCACCGUGCUUGUCACUUUUAAGCGUUUGGCCGCACUCACCACAGACUUUGAGGAAAUCAUUAAUGCGCUGGUCAAAUCUGAUGAGGGACUGCUGGAGAUUAGCGAUGACAAGCAGAGCUUGCGUCGCCAUCCGGAGCGCCCCAUUCCCGAACACAACGAGGAGCGACGCAAGGAGAUACAAGAGCGCACAGCUUACGCCAAAGGCUUUCCGCUAGACUCGCAGAUAGCAGACAUUCUAGAUUAUUUUAGUGUCUACGAAAAGGUGUGCAACAUCACCAUGCGCAAGUAUUUGGACAAGACGACCAAGUCGUACAAGUUCAAGGGCAGCAUUUUUGUUACAUUCGAGACCCUGGAUCAGGCCAAGGCCUUCAUGGCUAAGGACAAGGUUGUGUAUAAGGAGCGCGAACUGUUGCGCAAAUGGCAGAAGGAAUAUUUGCAGGAGAAACAGGAGGAGUAUCAGCGCAAAAAUGAGAAGCGCAAGAACAAGAAAGAAUCGAAGCCAGAGCCCGAAAUCGAACUGCCCAAGAAUGCCAUUGUUAUGUUUUCGGGGGCUCUGGACACCACAACACGUGAAGAGCUGCGUGAGGUCUUUGGCAAGACAGAGGGCUUCGAUGUCGCUUUUAUCGAGUUCAACAAGGGCCAGACCGAGGGCGCUGUGCGUCUCACCGAGGCCGAUUCAGCCGACAAGUUCAUUGAAAAGGUUGAAAACAAGAUCAAGCUAAACGACGAUGUCUCACUGACGCUUCGCAAAGCCACCGAAGAGGAGGAAAAAGAGUUCCUGGAUAAGGCCAUUGAAUUCAUGAAGAAGCGUCGUGAUUUCUCGCGAAAUAAGAACAAGCGCUUUGGGCGCAAACGCGGAAACGACAACAAUUAUAAAAAUAAAAAGGCACGUGGGGACUAGACUCACAUUUCUACGCUUAUACGAAGCAUCAAAAUCACAA